CAUGUCUGCCUCACUAAUGCUGCCUCUCCAGGUUAUAGGAAGCAGAUGUUUGGGUGCUCUUCUCUUCCAGGACUAUAAAUGAUCAUCCAUGGAUCAGAUCGUUUUUCAACAUGACACGGUGCUGUCAGAUGUUCAUAUGCAUCUACCCAAUACACGCCACCUCAUGACACGCCUCAACAGUGCUGGACAGCCUGCUGUAUUGAUCUGUCCAGUCUUCAUGUCCAGAUUUAAGAUCUUGGCUGAAAGACAUGAACACGACGACCCUGGGAAAUGUUCAGAGACAGAACGCAAGCAUGACGACACACAGGAGGACACGGCAGCCUCUCAUGGAGAAGAUGAGAAGGAAGGUGGUGAAAAAUAUGUGGAGCCUUUUCUGGAUGAGGAUGGAGACCUUGACAUCACACAUCGGCCACGAAAAAACCCCUCAGAUGGUGGCAGCCGAGCCCUGGUCUGUCCGGUCAUCCUCAAACGGUGCAGUCCCGUGCCCGAACAGGAAGAGGAGAACACAGACGAUGAAGAAGAUGACUGUAGCAAAGACACAAUACAGAUCGAGCACACUAUGGCUACACCUCUGGAGGAUGUUGGCAAACAGGUGUGGCGGGGGGCGCUCCUGCUGGCCGACUUCAUCCUGUCCAAGCCAGAAAUGUUCAGGGGGGCCACAGUCCUGGAGCUGGGAGCCGGAACAGGCUUAACCAGCAUCGUCAUGGCAACCACAGCUAAAACAGUCUACUGUACAGAUGCAGGAGAAGACCUUCUAAACACAUGCAAGAGAAAUGUUUCAUUAAAUAAACACCUGAUGGAGACCUCAGGUGGGGAGGUAAGAGUGAGACAGCUGGACUGGCUUCAGCACAGCCUCUGCACAGAUGCUGAUGUGGACUUUAGUUGGACAGAAGAGGAAGUAGCUGAUCUUCAUGACCACACCAGCUUCAUCAUAGCUGCAGAUGUUUGCUACGACGAUGAUCUGACAGAUGGCCUUUUCCGAACACUGUACCGACUCUGCAGCAGCUUCCCUCACACCUGCACCGUCUUCAUCUCCAUAGAGAAAAGGAUGAACUUCACCCUGAGGGACAUGGAUGUGUCCUGCGAGGCCUACAACCAUUUCAUCCGCUGUCUGUCGCAGAUCCAGGACACGGUGGACGGACGGUGCACGUUCAGGGUGGAGCAAGUCCUGUCUAACUUUGCACAGCUUCUGGUGUACGAGCGCGUCGAGCAGCUGGAGUUAUGGAGGUUGACAGCGACUCCUCUCCCGGUCUGAUUCGGACCUGCUGCCAUCUUGACCCGGUGCUGUCUCCUCCCCCCUGCAGCGGGGUCCGCUCACCGUGCUGUAGGUGAGGGAGGGAGAUACAACUGUAGACAGAAAUGUACCUGCUCUGCUAACAGGAUCCACUCAGUGGAGUGAAUGAAGUACACAGAUUACACAUUUGUGUUCCUGAGAACACUGGAUUUGAUAAGAUUGCCCAUUUUAGACUCUUAUAAGUCAUUAUUUAUUGUGUGAAGUUUGGGUUAGUUUAUUAUUUGGUUUUAGAAAUGAGAAGGUGGAGCUGAAACUGUCUGAAGUUACUUGUAGUUUUUGGUUUACUGAAUAACAAGUUGCAUGAAUACAAGUAAAUUUUUAGACUAAUAAUAAAAUUUUAGCUAAUAAAGAACUCUUACAGGCUUGUCUCGUGUGUGU